AACAUUGGGGGGGCCAUGGCCCUCACCCGCCCCUAUAAGGAUCCGCCACUGGUACUGAUCCUAUUGAUCUACAAGAUUGUCCAAGCAUGCAGAUGGAUUAUUUGUAAUCUAGAAAUUAUCAAGACGAGACUUCCCCAAACAUGUGGUGUAUGCAGCUUUCUUGUAUGCAUCGCAAAUGUUUGCAUUACAGCGGUUACUAUUGUCUCAGACAAGUCAGCAACAAUCAACUUAGUUUUCUUGUUUUUCCAUUUGGUUUCAGGGCUCAGAGUUUCAGGGCUCAUCAUUUGCAUGAUGGACAAGUUAAUUGACCUCAGGUAAUCAAUAAGAGGGGAGCUACUCCAGCAAUAAUUGUAUGAUAGUUGUAAAUGAGAAGUUUUGUGAUUAUCUCCCAAGUUUUUGACGUAGAUAAGAUGUCUUGAGUGAGAUUAUGUAAACUUUGAGUUAUUAAUCAUUAUGGAAUUUUCCAUAUGUAAUUAUUACUCUGAUUUAUAAUAAAAGUGAUUCAU